ACGGCAGAUUGUGACCGAAGAUGUAAGUAGAGACGAUUAAUCGAAAGGAAUCGCAAUUUGGAGAACGUUAGCCGAGCCGAAUCCGAUGGCACGCCAACUCCCCGUUGCUCCUCACGCGCUCUCCCACAUCCGGCGAGCGUUUCUUCUCUAUUAUUCUUCCCUACCUCCUAUACUUGCGCCUCAUGCGUCCGGCGCGUUCGUCAUCGCCGCACCGACUCCCUCAUCAUAAAUCUCCCAAUAUUCACAACCCAAUCUAAAAUUAAAAACUGAUCCCACCUGAAAACCUAAUCUUCCCCGGAUCCAUGGGCGAUCUAACGGACUCUUUGACGCCGUCGUCUAGCGCCCUCAACAUCGUCACCACUGCUUCCUCGCACAACCCUCGUCCCAUGCCAGUCCGCGAGGACUGCUGGAGCGAGGAGGCAACGUCUACUCUCGUCGACGUCUGGGGCCGCCGUUACAUGGAGCUAAAUCGAGGCAACCUUCGCCAGAAGGACUGGCAAGAUGUUGCUGAUGCUGUCAAUGCUCUCCAUGGCCACACCAAGAAGACUCACCGUACCGAUGUCCAGUGCAAGAACCGGCUUGAUACCGUCAAGAAAAAGUACAAGAUCGAGAAGGCUAGGGUUUCUGCUUCUAAUGGAACCGUUACCUCAUCUUGGCCGUUUUAUGAGCGCAUGGAUGUGGUGAUCGGAUCUAGCGUUAGCGUCAAGAAACAACCCUCUCCGUCACUCUCGCCAUCACCACCGGUUGCUCUGCCGCUCACGUAUCGGAAGAGUCCUGCCUCAGCUCCUCCGACGGCAGUGGCGCUGCCUCAAAAGAGGCCGGCGGAUGAUGGAUAUUUUAGGAGAAAUUACUCAGCCAUGGCUGCCGCUGCUGCUGCAGAGAGCGAUGAGAGUGAGGAGGAGGAAGAGAGGGAGAGGGAGGAGGAGACCGAGGAGGAAGGGGAAGGAAUGAGGAAGCUGGCGAGGGCAAUAGAGAGGUUUGGGGAGAUGUAUGAAAGGGUGGAGGGUGAAAAGCUAAGGCAGAUGGUGGAGUUGGAGAAGCAGAGGAUGCAGUUUGCGAAAGAUUUGGAGGUUCAGAGGAUGAGGAUGUUUAUGGACACCCAGGUUCAAUUGGGGAAGAUCAAGCGUAGCAAGCUUUCCGGCUCAGAUGACAUAUAUAGCUAGCCAUCUUGGAGAGAGCUGAUGGUUAUUCUUCAUUGGAAACAUUCCUAGGUCUUAAAUUUGUAUUUAUACCUAGUCCCUGCAAAGCAUGUAAAGUUCCCGGCUAUAUUGGCAUCAGAAGAGACAAUCAGUAGUGGCAGAUAUCCAGAGUACCUUUCGUUCUUUUGAUGAACUUAUAGCUAUCUUAAAUCAGCAAACGCACUCAACCAAUACAGUGUAUGACUUAAUGAUUCUGAGUUUAACUGUAAUGCAGUUUUAGGGGGGGAAUAGUUCUUCCUUUUGUAAUAUCUCUUGCAUUGCACAGGACUAUGUCUGUGUAGAAUUACGUACUUAAUGCUUAAUAUCAUUAUCAAGUGUCUCUCUUUACUCUUCUA